AUGGAUCAAAUUUCUCGACCAUGUGAACAUAUACCGGGCGUCUGUAAAAUAUGUUCCAUGCCGACUGAUGGGCCUUGUUUCAUAUUUUGCAAAACUUGUGCGAUAUUUGUGAAUUUCAUCUAUGUUCAGAAUUUGCAGACCAAUUAUCGCUUUGGUCUAAGUUUAAACAACAAUAACCGAGCAUGGAAAAAUUCAGACGAUAAACCAGUGACAUCUUCAUUCAAUCUUCCACCAUUACCAGGAGCAAAUUAUAAAGAGGAAAUACCGUUUAUAAUGCAAAUACUUAAAUCGCGAAUACCAUACUAUAAUAUUUCACCUAUGAAUUACACAACAAAUCUUGAAAAAAUUAUUGUCGCUUAUAAAGCACUCAUAUCUGAGCGACCAUUUCGACGUAAUAAUAAGUAUCUUGGCGAAAAUUGCGUGGAAAAAUAUUUAUUAAUCGAAUUUAUUCGCCAGAUUACCGUAGAUUUAAAACUGAUUGCUCGAUUCAUGAAUGAAUUCUUCACGUUUAGAAUGUUACCCAUACAAAUUAAGUGGAACUUCUUCAAACGCUUUUGGUGUUGUUUCUUUAUGAUUGAUCGAAGCUACGACACUAUGUGUACGCUUGGAACUGAUACUACUGAUCGGCGAUUAGUUUUACAAGAUGGAAAAAUAGUAAAUAUUGAUACACCUGAUAUAGAUGAAGUGAAAAAAACUACAGAUCGUAACUGUGAUGAUUUAAUCAAACUGGAGAAGCAAAUAACCGAAUCGUUCGUCAUUGCUGUUGUCAAUAAGAUUAAAAUAUUGAAGGUGAAAGAAAUCGAGAUAGCUUUUUUGCUUGGGUAUCUUUUGUGGGAUCGAGCAAGUAAUUAA